UUCGUCGCCGCUCUCCGCCGUCUCUCCGCGCUCAAUCCCCUCCUACAGAACCCUAAGCCCUAUUUCCAGUAAUCCCGGCGCCAUACGAUAUUCGAUCCCCUGGCGAUGAAGCCGCGAAGCCGCAAGAGGGCCAUCCGGCCGAUGGUCGGCAAGAAGAAGCCCAGAGUAUCCGGCGGUGGCGGUGGCGACUCCUUCUUUGAAUCCGAUACCAAGCAGCGGGGACGAAGGAUCAGCAAGGAUGAUGAUUUAGAGAGCAUGGAGAGCGACGACGACUUGGCCGACCUAGAUGCUGGACAAGAGGAGGAGGAAGAGGGGGAGGGCGUCCCCGAGGAGACGGUGGACGAGAAGAGGGUUAGGGUUGCGAAGGAGCAUUUGGAGAGGAUCCGGGCUAUAGCGAAGAGGGUAGAGGAAGAAGAGGAAGAGGACGAGGAGGAGGGGCGAGAUGAGAGGGAGGGUAAAAGGGAUUCUUUAGUGGCGGAGAUUCUUCAAAAGGAGCAGCUCGAGGAGAGUGGUCGUGUCCGGCGAUAUAUCGCGUCGAGGGUUUUAAGUCCAGAACCUGCUGAUGAGUUCCGACUGUUAGUGAAGCACAGGCAGUCUGUUACAGCUGUAGCUUUGGCGGAGGAUGACUCAAGGGGGUUUUCAGCUUCCAAAGAUGGGGUCAUUCUGCACUGGGACAUUGAGAGUGGGAAGUCUGAGAAGUACUUGUGGCCUAGUGAGGAUGUAUUGGUGUCACAUUAUGCAAAGUCCCUGCAGAAUCCAGCUAGGAAGAGAAGCAAGAAUGUGUUGGCUUUGGCUGUCAGUUCUGAUGGGCGAUAUUUGGCCAGUGGUGGGUUGGACCGCCAUGUCCAUUUAUGGGACACUCGUACUCGGCAGCAUCUCCAGGCAUUUCAUGGUCACCGAGGACCCAUCUCAUGCCUUACUUUUAGACAGGGGACUGCACAGCUUUUCUCUGGGUCUUUUGAUAGAACCAUUAAGCUAUGGAAUGCUGAAGACAGAACUCAUAUGGACAAUUUAUUUGGUCAUCAAAGUGAAAUAUUGACUAUUGACUGCCUACGGAGAGAACGACUUCUGACUGUAGGGCGUGACAGGACCAUGCGAUUGUGGAAGGUACCUGAGGAAUCACAGUUGGUCUUCCGUGCUCCUGCAGCAUCCUUGGAAUGCUGCUGCUUUAUCAAUGACAAUGAGUUUUUAUCUGGCUCGGAUGAUGGAAGCAUUGAGCUUUGGAGUGUAACGCGCAAAAAGCCUACGCACUUGAUUAAAAAUGCACAUGCUCCAUCUUUAUCUUCGAAUGAUUUUUCAUAUAAAGAGGAUGAGACAAUUAUGUCUAACGGUGGCAAUAUGGAUGGAAACUGUUCUUCAGCGCACUUGUGGGUUAGUUCUGUUGCUGUAUGUAGAGGUAGUGAUCUUGCUGCAUCUGGAGCUGCUAAUGGUGUAGUUUGUCUAUGGGCUGUUGAAAGUGAUAACAAAGGCAUCCAACCAUUAUUUAGUUAUUCUCUGGCUGGAUUCAUCAAUUCACUUGCAUUUGCAAAAUCUGCACGCUUUCUUGUUGCUGGGGUUGGCCAGGAACCUCGCUUGGGAAGAUGGGGGCAUGUUCGAAAUGCGCGAAAUGGAGUUGCGAUACACCCCAUCAGGUUAAAGGAGGAUCGGACAACAAUCCUUUAAAUGCAUGGCUUCACCAAUUAUUUAUGCAAGCAUGAAAGGAUUCCUCAGUUUUGACUAUUAAGCUCAGCAAUUUAUUGUAUCACAAGGUGCAUCAGAGAGGCUUUAGUAUAAUUCUUCUUUGCGCACAUAUAUUUUGUAUUUAACAUUUUGCUGCACCUUAGCCGUCAUGCGUAUCAUGUGGUAACAAAUACAGAUGACCUAAUGCCGGCUAGCCCAUGUAGUUUUGUUUUCAGCCGUUUUUUGUAUAACUUAAUUCUUUUACCCAAGGAAAGAAAUACACAAUCUUCAACUGGUGACUGGCACA